UAAGCUACUCGCCAAAGCAGUGGUUGGUUUCUGUGCUAUGCCUUGCCAUGGAUUCAAAAGUCAGGUCUGGUGAUGGAUACUCCCAGCAUGGGCGGCGUUUAGGUCUGUCAAACAGACAGCUUGUGAAUGAUACCUAGUUUUGCAAAUGCAAACAGUCCCCAUGCUUAUCCUCCCUGUUCAUGUGAUGUUGAGAUUUCGUCGACUAGUCUACCAUGUCCAUUGGAUUCUCGAGACAACCGCGACAACCAGCGCAACCGAGACAACCAGCACAACCGAGACAACCGGGACAAUCGAGACAAUCGAGACAACCGGGACAAUCGAGACAAUCGAGACAAUCGAGACAACCGGGACAAUCGAGACAACCGGGACAAUCGAGACAACCGGGACAACCGACCGCGCGUCCAACGCCACUGUUUGCUGCGACUCCACAAGCGGGUACCACUAUUGCGACUUUGGCAAUCCUACUUGGACAUUGCCGCAUCACCGCCGUCACCAGUCAACGAACUUGUCUACUUUGAUUGUAUAUACGUUCGCUAGGAUAUAGUCCGGACUUUGGAAGCAAACCAUUCGGUUAUCGAUAUCCCAUCAAAGCAUAGGUUCACGAUUGUUUGAGUGUACUGACAGGCCGUUUUUUGCUUUCACCUUGUCCUGUCAGCGCAUUUUUCAAGGAAACAUUUCUUCGGAGCGCCGAGCGCCUGGACUUGCUUCAACCCGUACCGGCACAGAGUGGAUACGACGCGA